UGAAAUUAGAGAACAGAAAGAUAAACAAUACUAUAAGAUGCGGGAUUUGUUUUAUCAGUGGUUAGAUAAUAAAAUACGUUAAUGAAAUUUUGAUAGAGAGUUGUAUAAUAUAAGAAUUGUUUGAAAGAUGUAAAUACAAUGUAAUAUUACUAGUCUGAAUUAUUAUUUUUGUGUGUGUCCAAUCACACUUUUUUUUAAUUUUUUUAUUUACUUUGUCAUACAGUAUAUAUAAUACACACACACACACACAUAUAUAUAUAUAUAAAGAUGAGGAAUGAAUGAUAUAAGGCAAGCAGUAAAAAAAAUUAGAACAUAUUAUAUGAAGAUAGAGAGGAUAUAUUCAUAGUUAAAUGAUAAGCUGGCCAAAAUAGUUGGCUAUACAUCAAUAUUGGUAAAAUGUAAAAUUAGAAGAAUUAUACUUUAUAAGUAUGGUGAAAUUGCACAAAAAGAUUUGAAGCGAUGGCUGAAUCUUCCACAGUUGGCAACUUAACAUUGGCUGAACCGUUCCUUAAAAAGGGGUCAGACUGUAACAGCGGCGCAUCGCUGUCCCAGAAGCAUCUCUCAGCCUUUAAACCCGAACCUCUCUGGAUAGACGGAAACCUUGCAAUAAUGCCAGCAGAGGGCAAGGACAAAGAAUGCACUAGGAAGACUUCCAUCUUUUACAGCCUGCUCAGAAGAAAAAUUAAUCUCUUUGUCAACACGUCCAAACAUGUCCGCAGAGGCCUCUCCAAAUUCCGCUCCGGGUUCCCCCGAUUGCGGGGAUGUCUCUAUCAUCUUCGUGGGGAAAUCCGACGUCGGGAAAUCGGCUCUUCUUAAUGCCGUACGACAGAUGACCGAACAUGAUGUCGGAUCAGCCCCCGUGGGGGCUGCGGUGAAAUCUGAAAAGCCCAUCAUGUACCCAGACCCGAUUUUUAAUAAUUUACUGCUGUGGGAGCGGUCGAUGGAGGGCAAAGGCCACGCGGAUCAGUGGAUGAGAGAGGCUGACUUGAUUGUGUUGGUGACUGACGACAAGUUUGAGGAUUCUCACGGCCGCCUUGUGUUGGAGGCCCGGCAAGCUGGCAAAAAGGUCUAUUUUGCCCGGAGCAAGGCUGAUCUGGAACUUCACACACUCAAGCGGUUGAUGGGGCAGCGUUACGAUCGAUCGAAAGUCCUGCAGGCCCUCCGGGAGGCGUGUACUGAAUCCCUGGGGACCCUCCCUCUCGUGGAUCCCUUUGUAUACCUGAUCUCUGCUUUUGAGCCAGGCGCCCUCGAUUGCCCCCGGCUGCGGGAAGAUUUGCUGAAGGACCUGCACCAAUAUGAAAGGGUGCAGAAACCCACUCGCUGGGACUUCGAAGAGUUCAGCGAAAAAGAGAUUGCUGAGAUCCAGGAAGCCUACGAACUCGGGGGUCUCGCCGAGGUAGUGACCCGAAUCCAGAGCAGUUUGGAGAACAUCUGGAAUGCCCAGCUGGAUAUUGCGAUCACAGGAGAAUCGGGCGCUGGGAAAUCCACUUUUGUUAACGUCCUGAGGGGCAUGAGUGAUGAAGAGGAAGGGGCGGCCGCAACGGGCGUGACCGAGACCACAAUGAAGCCCACGCAAUAUCCUUAUCCUGGUCACGCCAACGUCAGCCUGUGGGAUCUCCCCGGUAUAGGAACGCCCAACUUCCAGGCCGAUCAAUACUUAGAAAUGGUGGACUUUUCCCGUUACGAUUUCUUUAUCAUCCUGGCUUCCGAACGGUUUAAAGAAAACCACGUCCGUUUGGCCCAGGCCAUUGUCCAACAGGGAAAGCAGUUCUACUUCGUACGCACCAAGAUAGACAACGAUUUGGAGGCCGAGCGGAGGAAGAAGAACCCGCCCACGGAAGCCGAAGUUCUGGAGGUGAUCAGAAAGGAUUGCCAGAGCAAGCUCUCCAAAGCUGGGCUGAGCGACGCCAAGGUGUUCCUUCUCAGCAAUUUUUACCUCGACAAGUUUGACUUCCAGGCUUUUGAGGAAACUCUGGAGCACGAACUGCCCACCCAUAAGCAACAGGCUUUUCUCUUGUCUCUGCCCAACGUCUCCACGGUGAUCAUAGAGAAGAAGAAGAAAGUCCUUCAGCAGGAAAUCUGGAAGGUGGCUUUGAUUUCCAGCUUGGUAGCUGCUGUCCCUUUGCCCGGCCUGGCCUUCGCGUGUGACGUAUCCAUUUUGCUCAAGAAGUUGUCCAGUUACCGGCAAGACUUCGGCCUCGAUGCAGCAGCUUUGUCCCGUCUGGCUGAACGAUCCGGGAAGUCCAUGGAGGUCCUGAGAAAAGAAGUACACAGCUGUCUAGGCCGUAGCAUCAACAAGGAUGUGGUGAUCAGUUUGCUGGGAAAGGCCACCGGAACAGGGUUGAUGGUGGCCAAUUUUUUCCUCCAUCGGUUCCCGAUUUAUGGAGCCCUGGCCUCUGGCGGUAUCUCUUUUCAUACUACCUACUCCAUGCUGAGACAGUGCCUGGAAGAGCUGGCUGCGGACUCCCAGCGCGUCCUCAUGAAGGCCUGUGAAAGUCACGUCUGAUGUGGCUUAAGACAGUUUGCCCAUCUGGUCCCCUCCAACUACGGUUCCCAUCAUUCUCAGCUGGUCCGGCUUUUGGCUGCAGUAGAAGGACUUUCCUUGUUCCCGUUUCUGAUCUUCCCUGGACGUCUUCUCAUGGAGGCUUCCUUCCCUUAGCUCAGAGGUCUUCAAAUUUGGCAGUUUUAAGACUUGUGGACUACAGCUCCCAGAAUUCUCCAACCAGCUAUGCUAUGCCGGCUGGAGAAUUCUGGGAGUUGAAGUCCACAAGUCUUAAAGCUGCCAAGUUUGAAGACCCCCGCCUUAGCUUCUAUCAUUAUAACAAGCUACUCAGCACUGUGUGGCCUGUAAAAUCUUAAGGACUAGGAACAAGUGUUUUGCUUUGGCGUUGAUGUUCUGGAGACAAGAUUUAGACGAGCUAUUUUGUCUGAAAAGGUUCCAUCGGCCCUACAGUUGUUUAUUAUUUUAAAUAUUGUAUUGUUCCUCUCACUUCUGGCAUGGACAUACUGAGUUUGAAUGAAAUUUAAGGUUUUUGUGGCAAAUUGCUGCCCUAGCCUUAGGAUGACUAACCAGAAAUGUGGAAGGAGGAGGGGAAAGGAGGGGGAUGACAUCUAAUAAUAUUUUCCAGAGUUAGAUCCAAAUGUAAGCCAUAGAGCUGUCCAAUGGGAAGGCUUGGUUGGAGCACAAGGUUGAAUGUAAGAUUUCCCUGUUGGCUUUAUUUAUGGUGACACUCCCUCGGCUGGCCACUAGAGGCAGAUGCUGUGUGUUUAUAGGAAUUAAAAAACAACAACCAUAGAUCACAUGGCUGGCUGAGGAAUUCUGGGAAUUGAAGUCCACACUUGAGACUACAAAACAUUGAUCUAGAACAGGGGUCUCCAACCUUAGUAAGGUUGUGGACUUCAACUCCCAGAGUUCGUCAACCAGCUUUGCUGGCUGAGGAACUCUGGGAGUUGAAAUCCACAAACCUUAAAGUUACUAAGGUGGAGACCCCUGAUCUAGAAUACAGGUUGAAUUGCAAUUGGUGUGUGUCUGUGGAGGUGUGUGCGUGCGUAUAUCAAAUGUAUAUAAAAUUGCACGCUGUGCAAAAUAUCAAACAAGUCCUUUCCCUCUCUGUUUCUUCCCAUGCUAUAGAAACCUUUCCCAAAUGCCGUUAAUAAAAAGGUAGUAGAGAAAUAACAA